AAAGAAAAAAAAAUAGGGGACCCAUCGGAAAACUUCUUCGGUGCUGCUUGACCUUUUCCUCCUCUUUCACCCAUGUCCGCUGUUGCCUUUUAUUUUUUUUAAGAAAAAAUAAUAAAAUAGCCUGAAUUUCCACGAGCUCUACCCCUCAAAUCAUCAGAAUACUCCGCCUAUCGCGUCGAUCUUUCUUCCUCUCUUUUGGUCGAUCCCGCGAUCGAUUCGAGACGAGAAGAAAAGAAAGAUGCUGGAUCUAACUGGGUCGGGACCUUAUAUAUUCUGCAUUGGUUGCUCAUGUACAAGUAGUUAGCUUCGGAUAAUGGAAUGAACUCUAGAAGGUUGAGUGCUCCUGAUUUUUGAUUAGGUGACCUUUUGUUAUACAUGGAGGACCUCCCUGUGGAAGUCAUUGGCAAUAUUCUUUCCCAUCUUGGAACUGCACGGAAUGUUGUUGUUGCCUCUGCAACUUGCCGGAAAUGGAGAGAAGCCUGUAGGAAACACCUCCAUACCUUGUCUUUCAACUCUGAUGAUUGGCCUCAUGAUUUCACCACUAGGCAGUUGGAGAUUCUCAUAACACAGACUAUAUUUCAAACUGUGGGUUUGCAGUGCCUUUCAGUCCAUAUGGACAGUGUCCAUGAAUUCUCGGCUGCUCCUGUGAUCGCUUGGCUUAUGUAUACUAGAGAAACCUUAAGGAGUCUAUCAUAUAACGUUCGUACAACUCCAAAUGUAAACAUUCUGGAGAUUUGUGGUCGGCAGAAGCUAGAGAUGUUGGAUCUGGACCAGAAUGCUAUUACUGGGGUUGAACCAAGUUACCAGAGAUUUACUUGUCUCAAAUCCCUUUCUUUGAGACAUGUUAGUAUCUCAGCCUUGGAUCUAAGCCUACUGCUUGCUGCCUGCCCGAAAAUAGAAUCUUUAACACUUGAUACACUAGAGAUUGUAAUGUCAGAUUCACAAUCUACAAUGGAACUGAGCAGUCAAACACUUAAGAAUAUUUAUGCAAAAUCCAUAGGCGUGGAUAAGAUAGUACUGGAAGCAGAUAAUCUUGAAAGCUUGCACUUAAAUGCAUUAAACCUCGAUCUUUUUGAGCUGAUUGGAAAGGGUACCCUAAAACAGCUCAAGAUUGAUGAUGUCAGUGUGACUCAUUUGGACAUUGGCGAGAAUACAGAUCUCCUGGAGGUCGUAGAUGUCAGCAAUUUUACAAUUGUGUGGCCUAAAUUCUACCAUAUGAUAUCAAGAUCAUCUAAACUGAGAAGACUCCGGCUUUGGGGUGUGGUGUUUGAUGAUGAGGAUGAGAUUGUUGAUUCAGAAACUAUUGCUGUUUCAUUUCCACAGCUCAGACAUCUUUCAUUAAGUUAUGAAUUAAGGGAUGGACUGCUCAAUCAUGGUCUGCAAGGCUCGUCACCAUUAGAGAAUGUGUCAAUAUUGGAAUUGGGAUGGACGGUAAUAAGCGAGCACUUUGGACAUUGGGUUUUUGGGAUGAUUGAAAGAUGCCCAAACCUUAAGAAGUUAGUCAUCCAUGGUAUUCUUUCUGAGGCCAAAACUCGUGAAGAAUGCCAGACGUUGGCUAGUUUUACCUCAUUCAUCGUUCAUCUCAUGAGGAAAUAUGUACAUGUUGAUGUGCAGUUUGAAUAUGAAUGAGAUCCAUAAGUGAUUUGAUCAGAGUUCACGUCAUAAUUUCUCUCAGCCUGUGGAACCACUACAUGAACUGCAGAUGUGCUAUAUUAUCAUAGGGCGACAGACAUAUUUCCUAAUGCUGUCAGCACUGAUAUUGUUCUCUCCAAUGCAGUGCAUCUAUGGUGGGAGAAAAAUAGCAGCCAUACAGUUGGCUGAAGAAUUCUAUAUUGUUUACAUAAGCUUAAGCACGAUGAAGGAAGAAUACUAACCGGAUCAUUUUCUUACAUGGGAUGCUUGGAUUGCCUGCUACUACUAGAGUGUCCAGUAUUGUUACAUUCAUCGUUAAUUCUCUUGGAGACAUCAGAAGAUAUGAUACAGAAACUGCCCCUAAUUUCACAGGAAUUUGCUUUCUCCAUUGCCACAUCAGUUUUAGUUUGUCGCCGAUGUAUUUAGCAUGAACUAUUGGGGGAAGGCGUGCUGCUUAUCAUCUUGGGUUAUUGAAGAUGCAACUAAGGAGAGAGAGCACUUGAUUCGAUAAA